GGCGGACUCUUUAGUAGUGGCCGUAGAAGCAUCGCGUGGAGUGUGCAGUUUGUUCGUAUUGGCGCGGGCCGUAUCAUAACGUGUUGUUAUAAGAAUUUAUUAUCAACUAUUUUCGAGAAUUAGAGGUUAAUUUCACGGACAAAAAAAUAUAUAAUAGAAUAAUCAUGAAAAAAAUCAUGCGGUGUUGGUAAUAAUAGCCAUUGGAUAUAGAUACAACCGUCGCUAUGAAGAUGUCUGCGGGGUUGGGAAUGAUAUUGUUGAUUCACGUCUUAGUGAAUUUACGCCAAGUUGUCUGUAGUAGUUCUAAAUUUACUAUUGACGAACUGAUUAAUUCGAUAUAUUCUAAAAAUAUAUCAAACGACAUCGAUUUGGACCCUUGUAAAGCUGGAAGUUUUUUGGGUGACAUUGCCAUUUCUGGAGUAGAUUAUGGAAAACAAAAAGAUAAUGGCGAACAGGCAUACGCUGAAAAAGUUGAAAAGUACAAGAAAGAAAUAAAUGAAGGGCUUCAAAUAGAAGAAGAAGGAAUUAUGCAUAGAACUAACGAAAACUUGGAUGUUACUAAGGUUAAGAUAAGACAUAAACACAACAAUAGAACUAGAAAAAUUAAUUUUAGCAAGAGGAAGCAUAGUGAUAAAAAAAAUAAAACCAUUGAUACUUCAUUAAACAGCUAUUUCCAUACACGGAAACGUAGAGCAGCAACUGCGCGAAAAGAAAGAGUAUGGGACUAUGGAGUUAUUCCAUAUGAAAUAGAUAGUAGUUUUGGAGGACCUCAUAAAGCAUUAUUUAAACAAGCCAUGAGGCAUUGGGAAAAUUUUACAUGUAUCAAGUUUGUUGAACGUAAUGCAGAUGAACAUCCUAACUACAUUGUUUUUACUGAAAGACCAUGCGGAUGCUGUUCUUUUGUUGGAAAACGCGGAAACGGACCACAAGCUAUAUCUAUUGGAAAAAACUGUGAUAAGUUUGGGAUAGUUGUGCAUGAACUUGGACAUGUGGUAGGAUUUUGGCAUGAACACACAAGACCAGAUCGUGACAACCAUGUGCAAAUUGUAAGAGAUCAUAUUAUAUCAGGCCAAGAAUAUAAUUUCAAUAAAUUAACUGAAGAAGAAGUCAAUUCAUUAGGACUUCCUUACGAUUAUGACUCUAUCAUGCAUUACGCAAAAAAUACAUUUUCUAAGGGAUCAUAUUUAGAAACAAUUCAUCCAAUUGAUUCAAUAAGAAAUUCAAAAAAAAGACCUGAAAUCGGACAGCGAGUUCGUUUGAGUGAAGGAGAUAUUGCUCAAACUAAGUUAUUGUACAAAUGUUUCAAAUGUGGUAAAACAUUACAAGAGAACAAUGGUAUUUUUGGAUAUACUCCGGAGAUAGGACAAGUAUAUGGUGAACGGUGCGAAUGGAGAAUAACAGCUACUCAUGGAGAACGUAUAGUUCUAAAUAUUACUGAACUAGACAUAUUUAAGUCAGAUCAGUGUAGCUCCGAUUACUUAGAGAUUCGAGAUGGAUACUGGCAUAAAUCACCAUUGCUUGGCAGAUUUUGUGGAAAUGGUCGUGUUCAAGAUUUAAUUGUUACAGCAAAUAGUAGAAUGCUCAUCAGUUUCAUGAUGUCAGAUAAAGGUGUGAAUUUCAAAGGAUUUGCUGCUAGUUAUGAAGCUGUUUGUGGAGGAGAAGUCAUGGUAACUGAUGAACAGGGUCAUCUAGAAUCGCCCAAUUUUCCUGAUGAUUAUCUUCCGAAUAAAGAAUGUAUUUGGAAAUUAACAGCACCUGAAGGGUAUCAAGUAGGAUUAAAAUUCAAUGUUUUUGAAAUCGAAAACCACGAUAACUGUUUUUAUGACUUUGUCGAAAUUAGAAAUGGUCAUAGCGCUGAUAGUCCUUUAAUAAAUAAAUAUUGUGGAUACAAGCUACCUCUAGAUGUCCAUUCUACUACAAACAAGUUAUACAUAAAAUUUUUAUCAGAUAGUUCUGUACAAAAGGCUGGAUUUUCGGCUACAUUUAUGAAAGAGUAUGAUGAGUGUACUUCUGUAGAUCAUGGUUGCGAACAGUUUUGCAUUAACACGAUGGGUGGAUACGACUGUGCUUGUAAAGUUGGGUUUGAACUUCAUUCUGAUAACAAACAUUGUGAAGAUGCUUGUGGAGGAAUUAUUGAAGCUACAAACGGGACAAUAACUAGUCCGUCAUUCCCGGAUUUAUACCCUGGAAACAAAAGUUGUAUUUGGGAAAUUAUUGCACCAGCUCAGUUUAAAAUAACAUUGAAUUUUACUCAUUUUGACUUGGAAGGAAAUAAUGCUGAGUGUGAAUAUGAUCGAGUUGAGGUAUAUAGUAAAAUUGGGUCAGACAAACUUCGAAAGCAUGGGGUUUAUUGUGGACAAGAAGCACCAUCUAUGAUCACUUCUGAAGCUAAUGCUCUUCGCGUUGAAUUUGAAUCAGAUAGUUCAGUUCACAAAACUGGAUUUGCCGCUGUUUUUUUUACGGAUAUGGACGAGUGUUCAAUAAACAAUGGUGGUUGUCAGCAUGAAUGUAAGAACACUCCAGGAUCAUAUGAAUGUACAUGUAAUAAUGGUUUCAUGUUACACGAGAAUAAGCAUGACUGUAAAGAAGGUGGAUGUAAACAUGAAAUAUCGGCACCACAUGGAAAAAUCAGUAGUCCCAAUUACCCGGAUGCAUAUCCUGGCAGAAAAGACUGCGUAUGGCACUUCACUACUACCCCAGGUCACAGAAUCAAAGUGAUAUUUGAUACUUUUGAAAUGGAACCUCAUCAAGAAUGUGCUUACGACCACAUCGUAUUCUAUGAUGGCUCCACGCCAGACUCGCAAACUCUUGGAAGAUUUUGUGGUUCUAAAUCUCCUCAUCCAAUUGUUUCAUCUUCAAAUCAAUUAUAUUUAGCAUUCAAAAGUGAUGCUUCAGUGCAGAGAAAAGGUUUUUUAGCUUCUCAUAGUACAGUAUGUGGAGGUAGAUUAAUAGCGACAAAUCACGUGAAACAUUUGUAUUCGCAUUCUAAUUAUGGAGAUUUAAACUAUGAAAGUGAUGCCAUGUGCGAAUGGACCAUUGAAACCAAGCCCAACAUGAACGUCCAUUUAACAUUUUUGACAUUUGAACUGGAAGAAGAAAAAGACUGCAUGUAUGAUUACGUGGAAGUGUGGAGUAGUUUAGACACAAGUGGCCCAUUUUUUGGAAAAUUUUGUGGGCCAAAUAAUCCAACGGAUAUAAUCUCAAUGAACGAUGCACUUUUAAUUCGAUUUAAAACCGAUAACACAAUUGUAAGUAAAGGUUUUUCAGCGUCUUAUAUCGCUGUGGAGUCUAUUAACCCUAGUUCAGAAUAUUCAUCUCAAAUUGACGAAGACGAUGAUCUGUUAUACAAGAAGACAAAAUUAAAGAAUGGUAACGAUGGUGAUGAUGAUGAUGAUGACAAUGAUGAAGACAUGCUUGCUAAAAGUCCUUAAUAAUACAACAAAUAGAGAAGUGAACUUAUAUUAAAAUAUUGUAAGAAUAAGCUAGUGAUUUUUUAAUUUUGCCUUUGUGUCUAAUGGUAAAAUCAUUGAUUCCUUUAACCACAAAUAAAGUGAUGUGCCAAAUUCAUAAAAUUUAUCUUAAUGUUUUACCUAAAUUGUAUUAUAAAAUAUUAUUAUUAUUAUUGUUUUAUAAAAAGUUGACAAUGAUAGACUUACACUGUAGUGUAAGAAAUGAAUUAUUAUAAAAAUAUGGACGCGACAGUUAAAAAUUAUAUUAUUGUUAUUUUAAUUAAAAAAAUCGUCUCAAUGUGAUUUGUGAUCUCGAAUAAUUAUAUAAAGCUAGCUUUAAUUGAGAUCAUGAUACUAUUUAAAUUUGGCCCAGUUUUAGAAAUUUCAUAUCAUGAUUAUAUUUAACUUAGUAAAAUGUGAUGUUAGUAUAUAACUAUUACCGCAGUUUAAUGAUUAAAAUGUAGCGCAUGAUUAAGAUAAUAUUCGUUUUGUGUUCAAUUAUUAAACUCAUUGACAAAUUGAGUCAUCAAAGUUUUUAUUCUAAUAUUGUGUGAUUUGUUUUUAAAAUAUUAUUUUAACCGUAUCACUUAUUAUGAAAAAUAUUUACAAAUGUAAUAUUAUUGAAUCGUUAA